CGCAUUUAAACAAACACGGUCCUGCCGAAGAUGGCGGAGAGUUUGUAGAGGCGUAAAAGAAACUGCUCUACUCAAUGAAAGCGUCGACGCCGAAGAUGUUGAGACACUGAAGCGACACUAGACCCUGGAUGGAGCUUGGCCACCCGGGCUUGUACUGGUCAAGGAUAUGAGGCUGACUGAGGGCUGAUGUCAUCUUUCCCCACUGCUGCAGAGGUGCUGAUAUGCGCUGAAGAUGAGUGGCGUAGGAGACAACUCGUUGGAGCCGCUGUGCUCUGACCGCAAACGUAAACUGUCCACCUGUGACACACCGGGCUUAGGGUGUGACAAGCGUCGGAGAGAACAGGAGAGCAAGUACAUUGAAGAGCUGGCUGAGCUCAUCUCUGCCAACCUCUCCAACAUUGACAGCUUCAACGUCAAACCUGACAAAUGUGCCAUCCUCAAGGAGACUGUGAGACAGAUCAGACAAAUCAAAGAGCAAGGAAAGAGCUCUUGCAGUGAUGACGAUGUCCAAAAGGCGGACGUGUCCUCCACUGGUCAAGGGGUCAUUGACAAGGACCAUCUGGGGCCGCUGCUUCUACAGGCCUUGGAUGGCUUUCUGUUUGUGGUAAACCGAGAGGGCAGCAUUGUGUUUGUGUCCGACAACGUGACCCAGUACCUACAGUACAAGCAGGAGGAGCUGAUCAACACCAGUGUAUACAACAUCAUCCAUGAUGAGGACAGGGAGGAGUUUCACAAGAAUCUCCCCAAGUCUAAUGCUCCAAAUGGGGCAUCGUGGGGUGGAGAGGCACCCCGGCAGAAGAGCCACACCUUCAACUGUCGUAUGCUGGUGAACUUUGUUCAUGGUCAAAGUCAUGGGUUGUCAGAAGAGAGGCCUGGGGGCCAACGCUAUGAGACGAUGCAGUGUUUUGCGCUCACUCAGCCCCGGGCCAUGAUGGAGGAGGGAGACGAUUUGCAGUCAUGUAUGAUCUGUGUGGCGCGACGCAUCAUUGCAGUAGAGAGGACAGAGAGAUUUAGCACUCGCCAUGAACUGUCUGGUAAACUGAUUGAAAUUGAACAGCAGAGCUCUCUUCACACCACUAUGCGUCCAGGCUGGGAGGACCUGGUUAGGCGCUGCAUGCAGAUGUUCCUCCAUCGAAGUGAGGGACAACCGUGGUCCUACAAACGCCACUAUCAAGAUGCUUUCCACAAUGGCCAUGCAGAGACCCCACUCUACCGCUUCUCACUGUCUGAUGGCACUCCAGUCACAGCCCAGACCAGGAGUGACCUCUGCAGGAAUCCCAACACCAAUGAGCCCCACUCUUUUCUCUCCACACACUUGCUACAAAGGGAGCAGAAUGGUUAUCGUGGAAACCAGGGUGGAGGCAUGAGGCCUCAAAACAUGGGUGUGAACAAUCCCAACCAACAGAUGAACAUGGGUCCAGGAGGGGGCAUGGGGAUGAACAGGGGCUACAACAUGGCUGAACAGGGCAACAUAUCACAAAGAGGAGUGCCUCCGUACACAGGGGGCAACCGCAUGAAUCCCAUGAACCAGAUGAAUCAAAUGAAUCCUAUGAAUCAGAUGAAUCCCAUGCAUCAGAUGAAUCAAAUGAAUUCCAUGCAUCAGAUGAACAACAUGGGUCAGAUGAAUCAAAUGAAUUCCAUGCAUCCAAUGAACUCCCCCAUGAACUCAAUGAACCAGAUGGGGCCCAUGAAUCCGAUGGGCCACCAUGGCAUCCAUCAGCAGCAGCACCAACAUCAGCAGAUGAGUCAGUUCCAUGGUGGUGGAGGUGGACCUGGACCUGGGGGUGGAGGGUAUGGGAUGGGAAUGACCAGUCCGCCCCAGGCCAGUCCAGGGAUUAACGCCCCCCCACACAAUGUUAUGGGCUCACCCAGAGUCCGAGGAAGCCCCAAGAUGGGUGCCAGCCCCUUCUCUCCUGGAGGUAUGAAUUCACCCAUGAGCUCCAGUCACCCUGGUAACUCUGGAGGAGGAGGAGGAGGUACUACCUUCUCCAGCAGCUCCUUGAAUGCCCUCCAAGCCAUUAGUGAGGGAGUGGGCAAUCCAAUGCCCUCCCCCCUCACCUCUCCUCCCCCUCACAAGCCUGACAGCUCCCCGAGCAUCAAUUCCACCAUCCAGGCAGCAGGGGGACUCUGUAAACCUCCAGCCUACUCCGACUCCAAGAGCCCAGGCAGCUCACUGGGGGUUGGAGGAGAGCAGCAGUCUCAGCAGCACCCACACACCCCCACCAGUGAGGGUCCUCCUGACAAGCCAGACAGCCAGGCCAGCAGAGAGGUGGGUCUGGCCGGGGGAGAAUCCAACCGACGGGUCCCUGACAACAAGUGCCACAAGAAGCUUCUGCAGCUCCUCACCUCCCCCACAGAUGAGCUGGUGCCACCUAAUCACACACCAAGCUCUGGGCCCAGCUCCAUGCAAGAGGCUAAAGAUGGAACAGCCGUCACCAGCCCCUCGUCCUCAACAGGAGUGUCCUCCUCUACAGGGGGGAAUCAUGGCGCUGUGUCCUCCUCUGGCAACACGGGACAUUUAACAAGUCAGUCACUGCAGGAGAAGCACAAGAUCCUCCACAAGCUCUUACAGAAUGGGAACACUCCCGACGAUGUGGCUCGCAUCACAGCCGAGGCUACUGGGAAGAGCAGCCUGGAUUCAGGGGCACCGGAGCCUGGGCCUGCAGCCACUGGAGGGGCUAGGGGGUCAGAAUCAAAGCAGGAGCAGCACAGCCCUAAGAAGGAGAAGCCCCAUGCCCUUCUUCACUACCUCCUUAAUAAGGAUGACUCGAAAGAAGGUGGUGAUAUCAAGCCAAAGCUGGAGGAGCUGGAGGGGAGAGGAGCUCAGGGUGCAGGGGUCACCAGCUCUGACCCCCACUGCAUGGAUGGGAAGGUCAAGUUGGAGCCAUCUGAUGAGGCGGAGACUCUAGAGACCAUUCUGGGUGUCCCAAGGAACAGCUCUGGCUUCUACCCUGAACCAGACUCCAGAGCAGGGAAGGAAGUGGGAAACAAACCAGGAAAUAUGCCUGACAGUUUACAUGAGGUGGAGAGAGGCCCCCUGCCUCCUGGCCAGCGUGGUGCCUAUCAAAGAGCCUUGUCCAUGGAUGCCAAGCCCAUGGGUGGAGAGGGAGCAGUAGGAGGCGGGUUGGCUAUGAGAAGGAAUGUCCCCUGUCCCACAUUGGUCAAACAGGAGAACAUGGAUGCUCCGAUCCGAACCGGUCCCAUUCCUAAUGGCUAUCCAGGAGGCAUGGGUGUUUGUCCACCACGGGGCAAUCCAACAAGAGUUAUGGGCAGAGGAAUGGGAAUACCCCAGCGCCCACCUGUUUCAGGGCCAGGAGACUGGGGGAUGCCAAGAUCCAGCGGUAGCCCCGUGGCUGGGCCAGGACACCCUAGCAUGGGUCGUUCUGGUCCAAUGGCAGGACCUAUGAUCAACCGUUCCAACAGUGUACCCGGAAACACAAGGUCUAUGCUGCAGCAGCAACUCAUGGAUAUGGGUACCAAUGAAAGCAAUAUUGGUAUGAGUCGGUUUGGUGGACAUGGACCUCCACCUCAGUCCCCCUCCUGGCCAGACUCUGCUAUGGGCAUGGAUAGACCACAGAGGAACACAAACAGGGAACAGUUUGGGCACCCCCUGGAAGAGCUGCUGGGGCCCCUGGCCAAUAGCGAGGGCCCAAGUGAUGAACGGGCACUUCUUGACCAGCUGGACUCUCUCCUCAAUACCGCUGAUGUCAUUGCUCUGCAGGAGAUAGACAGAGCCCUAGGAAUCCCUGAAAUAGUAGGCCAGACCCAGGGACCUGAAGGCCACCAGCAGGAUCAAGGCCAGGGACAGUGCCCGCCAUCAGAGCCUUUCCCAGGGCCCGACUCCUUAGGCAUGGACCAAAAACCCAUGUAUAACCAAGGCUACCCUGGGCCCCCAGGUCCCCCGUCUGCGGGCAUGCAGCCUGGUUAUGGUGGCAACACGAUGCAAGGCCAGUCUCCUGGAGGCUUCAACCCCAUGAUGAAUCAAAUGGGCCAGACAGGGGCCUUCCCUGGCAUGGCAAACAUGGGCAACCCCCGUGCAAACAUGAUGCGACCUCGCAUGAUGACUGCCACCAAGCCUCUCCGACUACAGCUGCAGCAGAGACUGCAAGGACAGCAGUUUAUGAAUCAGACCCGGCAAGGCAUGAAGAUGGACCAUGCCCCUGGGGGAAACCCUGCCAUUCAUCCAGGCAUGCAGCCUGGCAUGCAGCCUACAGGCAUGGGUGGCCAGCCUGGUUUCCUGAACGUCCAGAUGAUGGCCCAGCGCAGCAGGGAGAUGAUGACCAUCUCCCAGAUGAGGAGGCAGCGGAUGAUGAUGUUGAUGCAGCAGCAGCAACAGCAGCAGCAGCAGCAGCAGCAGGGGCAGGGGGCUGCAGGAGGCUUCAGCCCUCCACCAAAUGUCACCGCACCGGGAGGCAUGGACAGCCCCAUGGGAGGCCCCCCCAUGAACCAGGCAGGACAGCAGGGCUUCAACUAUGGAGGUAAUUAUGGGAUGAACCAGCAGGGGGACCCAUCAUUCAUGGCUCCAGGUAGCAGCCCACCGGGAAACAUGAUGCAAGCACGAAUGGGAUGUCCUCCUCAGAACACCAUGAUGCCAGGGAUGCAGGGCAAUCCACAAGGAGGGCCCAUGUACCCAUCUGGAGACAUGAAAGGCUGGCCACAGGGCGGCAUGCCACGAAACAACUCAUACCCCCAGCAACAGUUCCCUCAGCAGGGCAACCAGGGCCAGUUCGGAACCAUGAUGAUGAACAACUCCAUGGGUGGACCUGGGCCAGUCAGUGCGGCCAGUGCGGGACAGAUGGGUCAAAUGCCAGGACAGAGGCAUGGCCAGAUGCAGGGCCAGAUGCAGGGCCAGAUGCAGGGCCAGAUGCAGGGCCAGAUGCAGGGCCAAAUGGGCAUGAACCCCAUGGGAAUGGGCAGAAUGCCAAUGGGACCUGAUCAGAAGUAUUGCUGAAGACCUGUGACUGACAGCAGAAUCUGGAGCCUUUGGGCUGUAGCAGAACGGUCUGAGCCCCAAGAAGAGCUGGACCCACACACACACACACACACACACACACACACACACACACACACACGAGAGUUCUCCAGCCUGAAACAUGACGCAGGAGACUCGGCACAACACACUGCUCAUCCUAGAGGAAGUGGGCUUCAAGGACAAACUUGUGCUGGGCUUCAUCCCCAACUGAAGCCUCACAUACCGGUGAUGCACCAACACAAAAUAUCAGUUUGUGUGUGAUCAUGUGAGUGACCUGGAGCUGUCGGGCAGUAUUCAGUGUCACGGCCAGGCUGCAGAACGGGACUAUGGUACAACUGGCUGUGGUGGCACUUUACCUGGAGGCUUCUGUGUGGAAUAAAGAUUGAUGCAAUAGUUCUUCAUCAUUACAGCCUUACUAGAGAUUCAAUGCCUUCACAACAAUGGGUUUCUGUUUUCUUUCUUAUCCUUUGGAUGCGCCUCAUUCUUGAAGUCAUUGGAAGCUAUAAGCACACAGUUUACUAUGUUAUGCAGAUUGGAGCAAUAACUCUUGCCUCUCUACUUUAGACUGUAACUGAGCAUCAUAACCCCUGUUAUAAGCAAACAAAUGGUACUGCAGUAUUAGAUGUCUCAAAUGUCCUCUGUGAAUAUGAAUUGUAAAUAUUCUACAAAAUAUAUCAAACAUGCUUUUUAAAGGCCCAUUAUUGCACAAAGUAUGAGACCUGGUUGUAUUUUUGUGUCCCAUAGGUCAAUACUGAUUUGGUUGAUUUGCUUUUUUUAUGCCUUUGCAAAUGUUGCAGGCGUGUUUGGGUUUUCCUUCCCUUGUUUGUCAUUUUCUGAAUGCUGUAGUUUAUAAUUUUUCCCAAAAAAAGUCAUGUAUUUCAUGUUUUAGCGAGGCACUUUUACUUGUGAUGAGUAUCUGAUGAGUUGAAGGCUUGAGCUUUCAAACAGUCAGAGGUUUUCUGGGAAGGCAGUGGAGAUGAACUGUGUCAGGGCAGUCGAAGACAUAAAAUGAUAUGAUUUUGUUGGGUUCUGUGUGAGCUGAGCUGUAAUGAGUUUUGUCUGCAGUACAGUGAAGACAAGAACACACACUCAGUUUACCAACAAGCCUGCUCCAUGCAGUGUGCCCCCCCCCACCAGCUCUGUCUGUCAAGUGGUUUUUGUUUUUGUUUUUGUUUUUAUUCACACAAUCUUCUUUUGACUGUUAUUCUCAACUCGCUGAAUCUACCUUCUCAACAUGCGCAAUCCAAAGAUAUUUUUCCACAUCUCUGUAUAUUUUCUGAGGUUUCUGGUGUACAUUUUUUAUAUGAGUUAUAUUAGUCUGAUGGUAAAUGGGUACAUAUCAUGGAUCUGUAAAAGCAUAUGAUGGUUAUGUACUGUAAGCAUAAAGGGCAUGAGGCUCAGUUGUUCGCAGCAGGAAGAGUUGGUGCAGUGUGAAGAGGGCUGGAAACUCACAACCCCACAGCAGAACAUUUUUACAUCCAGAAAAAAAACAAAGCAUGUUUUGCUGUGAAAGAGAAAUAACAAUGGAAUGAAAUCCACUUUAAGACAUAUCAAUAUCUCUUCUAUUUUUCAGGAAACAACUUCGUUUUGUUACUUCAGGAAAAAGGAACUUUGUAGAGUUUGAAUGAAGUGCAAAAAGAGGCAAGAGAUCUUUUUUUUUGUUGUUUUUCUUUGUCUGGACGUAAGAUAAGCUGUCAUUUUACAGGAUGUAUAUUACAGAUUUUUUCUGUUGAUGUUGAUAUUGAUGUAAAUACAAAUUUCUAUUUAAACAGG